AUGGAAGUUCCAUACCCGGACCAUAGGAGGCCGCUUUACUUGGAGGGACAGAUCAAUGAUGUGUUCAUAAGGAGAGCUUUGGUGGACACGGGUUCCUCUGUCAACAUAUUACCUCUGUCUGUGCUUACGGCAGCUGGUAUCCCAUUGUCCAAAAUUGUCCAAUCACAAACAAACAUCAGUGGUUUCGGGAAUAAGAGUGAGGUCACAGUCGGGCAUCUACAAGUACACUUGAAGGUUGGGCCAAUUCGGUCACUUACUAAGUUCUAUGUCGUGGAUGUGGAUGUGGCUUACCAUGCUUUGCUUGGAAGGCCAUGGCUCAACAAGCAUAAGCUUGUGGUCUCUACCUAUCAUCAAUGCGUAAAAGGAAGGAUUGGGCUGAGGCCGCUACGCAUACCUGGAAACCAAGCACCUUUCAACAAAGAUGAAGCUCACUACUCUGAAGCAGAAUUCUACACUGAAUGCACAGGUGCUGGAAGCAAUCCAUCCAAGGAUUUCGGGACCUACCUUCCUUCAUGGACUGAAAUUCGUGAUUUAAGCAAUGAGGAGCUCAUCACCAUUGUCGAUCGAGAGAGAAAGAGGCACUCGGAAGUCAACAACCAUGCCUAUGAUCAUCCCCAAUGCUCAAAGGUGACGCUGCCCGAUGGACGUAUCGUGUACCGCUUAUGA